GCUUAUUCCCUGACAAGCACCGUGUUCUCCAUUGACGCAAACACUGGCGUCGUAAGAGUGACGGACUCCAGCGCGUUAGACUUCGAAGACAGGAGAAAUUUCGAGCUAACGAUAGUAGCCUCAGAUCAAGAUCCCAUCUCUCCACUAACCUCAGAAGCAACACUCAGCAUAUCUCUGACAAACGUCAACGAUAACGAUCCGCUUUUCAACCCCGACUCGUACGAGGCCGACGUUCCCGAAAACGUAGAGGGUGCGUUCGUAGUUACGCUCACUGCGGACGACGCAGACGGUGACUCUCUGCAGUACUUUUUUGCCGAUACUAACACUGAAUUGACUUUGCAGCUAGAUGCCAACACUGGAGCGAUAACGGUGCGCGACCAGCUCGAUUUCGAAGCCACACCUUCGUACACGUUCGCCGUUCUGGUAUCGGACGGUGAGCGUUCGGACUCCGCCAGCGUUGUCGUACGCGUGACGGACGUAGCCGACGGAAGACCUGUCGUGCUCCCACUUCGAAAGACCAUUCUCCUCAACUUAGAUGAAGAUGAGACGGAUGUAUACCUUACAAAUGGCACUGGAGGACCUUUGCAAGUUGACGAUGACAGUUCCCGUCUUCAGCGAGGCGUCUUGCAAAUCAGCAGAAUUUCAGGGGGAGAGUUGGUUGAGUUUCCUCUGGACUACGGAGUGUGUUCAUGCAGUGCUCCGGCCAACCCAAGCUGCAGUGCCAUUGAGCUAUGUGGGACCACCGUCGUUGAAGAUCUACUUUCAGAUGCAGUGGUUCCGUCAGCUUCAGCUGCAUCACUGGUACAAGACGUCCUUGAGAGCACUGCCUAUUUGUUCACUGGUUCACACACCAAUGAAAACUGGGUCCAGAUUUCCGAUCCAACAAAGGCCGACUUCUUUAGCCACGUUGAUAACCAGGCUUUUACCCUUUCCUUCUGGAUAAUGGUGGAUCCCACAAGUGGGUCUUCCUACAUGUUCUCUUUUGAGACUGGAAGGAACCGGUAUUUCUCUCUCUUCGACUCAUCGCGAAGCAGGGCAAUCUUGUAUUAUUUCAGAGACACUAUAGGCAAUCUCGAGCAGGGGGACGAUCUUGGAUAUGAGAGUCAAGUGGCCCUUAGCUUUUACUAUGACCCGAAUAUACUUCCUGACGGUCUGAGGGACAAUGAAUGGCACUUUAUUGCUCUCUCGGUCGACUUUCCCACCAUUUCACUAACCGUCGAUGGCUAUGUUCUUAGGUCUACGCAGGGUAACUACUACGAUUCCACAGACACAAACAUUCUUUUAACUAACGAUGGUACCAUUUAUGACAUGCCUGCGCCAAUCCUUGUAAAGACUCAAUCCGUGAUUGACAGUCUUACAGGGUAUAUUGGUGGCUCCAGUGGUAGAGGCUUGUCCUAUGCAUUGGACGGGGCAAUGCGGCAGUUGAUUCUAACGAACCCCUUGAGCACUGACGCUUACAACUGCCUCGGCUCUUGUGACGUCAAUAUUUUCCCCGAUGGCUCGGUGAGUGGCUUCACCACAUUUUACGAUCCUGCCAAGCGCUUGUUUGAGUUCAGUAGCUCUGCUGACCCAAGCGUACCCAUUGGCGACACCGAGUACACAGAAUUCAUGGGGACACUCAUUUUCUCUGACAAUGGCUUUGUUCCAACAGAAGAGGAGGGUGAACCUUGGAGAAUCUCAGUACAGGUGUUUGAUGAAGGAUCUGGGAACAUUGCCCAGAUUGAUGUCCAUGGACGGCUCACCCAAUUCAAUCCGGUUCUCGAUCUCAAUGGCGGAGACGUGAGUGGAAGAGACUACAGCGUCACUUUCAGAGAAGAUCAGGACACAGAUUUGCAAAUUGUGGACGAUGAUGUCUUCAUCACCGAUGAGGAUAUUGACCCAAAGAUCAUGAGCAUCACCGUCAACAUCACAAACCCUCGGCUCGACAUAUCGCAAGAGUAUCUGAGCCUCUCACAAGAUGCCCCCGAAGAAAUAACAGUGGCUGGGGAAAAUACGCAUUGCGUGGUCCUAACUGCAUCUGACCCGUCUUUUUCAACGAUCAGAGACUUUUUCAUUACCACUCUCCUGCGUCUGCGGUAUACUAACAUCGCAGAUGAGCUCGGGGAAGAAGAAAGGGUCGUCACUUUCAUCAUCUCUGACGGGUUGUUUACAAACGAUCCUAUUGCCGUGGCCAGAAUAGCCAUAGAAGAGGUGAAUGAUGUGCCAGUAGUGGAUUUGAACGGGGAUAACGACGGAACAACCAUCAUUGUGGAGUAUACAGAGGCUGAUCCACCGACUCUACUAACUCCCGAUGCCACACUGGAAGACCCCGACAGCCCCAAUCUCUCGGAGCUCACCGUUGACUUUGAAGCCUAUGACACUGGCAAUGAAUCUGUGGCGGUUGACAUGAGCGUUCUGCCAUCAGGAUCGAGUAUUAGUUGUAACCUCUCCCCAUGCAACGGUACCAGUUUGAAAUUGAGUGGAACUGCACCUAGUUCGGAUUACCAGUCUCUCCUGCGAACAUUGGCUUACGUGAAUUUGAAGCAGCCCUUGGAACUUCCUAAUUUGCGUGACCGUAUCAUCACUGUACGUGUGAGAGACGAGCUAAGUUUGAGCGCAUCUACCACCGAAAUUCUCAUAGAUUUCCUUGCAAACCAGUCUCGAGUCAUUAUCCAGCUAGACGUCCCAAAUCAAGACUACUUCACUGAGUACACCGAGGGGCAGGGUGAGAGAAUUUCCGUUGUCGGGGAUCAGAUUCGAAUUGUAGACACGUCUCUAACGACCCUCCAGUCUGUUGACGUGACGAUCCGAAACAUUUUACCGGGGGGAAUAAGAGAAGCGGGCGAGGAAAUAUCUGUCAACACUGCAGAUCUAGCCGGCCUUCAGAUUGGUAUCGAGAUUCAUGCGAUAUUGAAAAGGAUAACGUUCAGUGGAGAGGCUCCUUUGGAGGAUUACCUAACAGCCAUAAGACACGUGAGGUACAGAAACACAGAAGACGAACCAAACCCCACAACUCGAAUCAUUGAUUUUGUCGUUGAUCCCGGAGGAGGCGCCCCUCAAGACUUUUCCUUCACCAACAUUUCCAUUAUCAACAUCAACGACCACUUCCCCGUGUGCACACCGGAGCAACAGACUGUAACCAUUCGUGAAGAUGUGACGCCAAUGGAGCUUGUUCACACCUUAAUAGCCACCGAUGCGGAUGUGGGGAUAGGGGGAAAAGUGGCCUAUGAACUAAUUGAAGGUGGCGAGUCCUUAUUCUCCUGUUCUCCCACUGGCGAAGUCAGUGUAAUUGCCAACGUUGACUUUGAAAGCGUAAAAUCCCACACCGUUGUAGUUGAAGCAUGCGACAACGGCAUAACCCCGGACAAAUUCUGUUGUGAGUUUUCUCUCAAUAUCAACAUUACUGACUUCAACGAUGAACCACCGACUUUUUCAGAGGAGUCGUACACCCUCGAAGUUGCAGAAAAUGCCAUUACCAACAUCACAACGUUUGUCAUCACUGACGCAGACUCGGGA